AGAAAAAACAAACAACACAUGCAAUAUACAUACAAAGAGCCAUCUUGGUUAGGUCAAGUAAAAUGUGUUGAGUUCCCUAACUAUCAGAGGCAGAAAAGAUGAUAGAAAAAAUCCAGAAUUUACACGAAGAAGUCCACAAUCACCUAAAAGAAACAACUCAGUCCUACAAAGACGCAACAGACAGAAAAAGAAGACAAACUACCUUUACCAAGGGAGAUUUAGUAAUGAUUCACCUAAGAAAAAAUCGAUUUCCAACCGAAACAUACAACAAACUAAAAGACAGACAAUUAGGACCAUUCCGUGUCCUAAAGAGGAUCGGAGAUAAUGCUUACAAAAUAGAACUACCACCAGACUUACACAUUCAUUAUGUUUUUAAUGUCGCAGACCUAAAACAAUACUAUGCCCUAGAUGAUUUCUGCCUGGCCAACUAAUUCUCAAUAAAUACCCCUUCUCUUAGCCAUUAUUGGCAGAGAAUUCAUUGCGAGAAAUAAUUCUACUUUGAUUUACGUCAAAUUAUAUGUUGUUUUUUAUUGACCAUUUUUACCUUCAGAAACUUCUUACCUUUGCAGGCAUAUUCAUUAUUUUGCACCAUAAUUCCUUUUGUUUUAAUAUGUUUUAUUUUCUUGAAGUUGGAGAAAACUAAUUCUAGCCAUAUAACUGUUAUUUGGCGGUUGCUAGUUGACGACUUUCCUUGUCAUAUGAAUUUUAGGAUCACUCAUUUUUGCUUAUGGUAACAUUUGAACACGUUAUUAGGUGGUACUCAAGCUUAUUAUGAGGAUUUUCCCUUGGGAAAUUAUUAUAAAAGUGACAAAUGGAAAUAUUGAUUGGUUUCUGAACCACUGUGGUGCCCUUGUUUGUUAUUUUCCCUUAUGUUGCUUAAUACUUGGUUUUCUAAUUGAUAAUGUCAUCUUAAAGUGUUUCUAAUUGAUAGCACAUAUCUCUUAGUGUUAGUACUUUCUAACCUUUCUCUCUCUUACAUAUAUAGGGGAUAUGUUGAGCAUUUUCGCUAGCAAGGAUUAUGUACUUAACAAGGCCUUAGUGGAUUACAGAGUUAAGAAAUUUGCAUAUGCUUGCAUCCAGAUUGUACACCAUAAUAGAAACCAAUUGAGGAAUCAACUUUUGGCUGCACCUGUGAACUCUAACACACCUGCAACUCUAUUGUUGGACACAAUUGUUUUCUUAUUACAACCUAAACUCCCAUGGGUUUGUAAAAUUGUUGGCUACUUCCUGGAAAGAAAUGCAUAUCCGUUGAUGAGGGAUAUCACUUUGACAGGGAAGGAAAGUGCAGAUUCACAUCCCAAGAGUUCAUUGGCUUCUCUAGAAUAUCUGCUGUCUCUUUUGAGUUCUCAUGUUGGUGAGAAGCCAUGUUGUUGCCCACGUGUUGAUCCCAAUUGGAGUUUCUCCACUCAAAUUCUUACUCUUCCUUUACUGUGUAACCCUUCAAACACGAUGUGAACGAUUGUGCGGCACUUGUUCUAGCUCGGCGAACAAGUCAGCCGAUCAAAAUCUGCAAAUCGCAGACAACUUUAACACAUACUUCAACCUCCCCUCACGUUCUUGGAAAAAUAGUUUUAGAAAACAUGAAAGAUGAUUAAAUUGAUUGAAAACGUUGUUAAAACAAGCAUUGAAGACUGUCAAUUGCAAUAAGAAAGCAUAGACUGCAAAGAGUACGACAAGGCUUGGGCAGGGA